AUGUUCUUCACGCAGGAGCUGUUGGAGAAGCGCGAGAGCGGCUUCGGUCUACUAUGGCUGGCUGCAACUCUCGGCGCAAAGUCGUCAUUUAAAAAGCUCCCCCGACGCUCCGUACUAACUGCCGAUAUUUCGCAACUGUGCGAUCUCAUCGCGGAACCGGUGGAGCCACUUGCUUUGAGGCUGUCGAGCAAUUUGAUGAUCGGCGUCGCUAGGGUUUACAAAGUGAAGCAAGAAAUGUUCUUGACAGACGUCACAACAUGCUACAACUCGCUGAAGAAAGCUGUUCAAGAACUCAACACGCUUUCCAAAGGUUUUGCCGAGCUACAGAUGGGCCAGCCAAGUAUGCGACCGGAUGCCUUGACUCUCACUGCUGACCCCGGCGUGGCUUUCGUCAUGGAUUUCGGAGAUAUGUUCAAGGUUCGUGAUAAACGUGCCGCCGAUGAAGAAGUAUCCGAUGAUGAAUAUGACCCAAGCGGCAAGAAAAGCAAGCAGAAGAACAAAGCCAAGCAGAGACCUCCUUCGUCGCUUGUGGAGGUUCCGAGAGCGAAUUUGCAUACGCUCAAUGAAAAUCACGAGCACCUGCUUUCCGGCUCUAUUGACGGUUCUCUUAGCGUUGCUGGCUUUGGGGCAGUUGGACCAUCAUCUUCGCAGAUGGGCGGCGGCUUCGGCUUCAACGACGAUCUGUUCGUACUGCCUGAAGGCAUGGACCUUGGUGCAGAGAUUGGCGACGAGUUAGCUAGAGAGCUGGGAGAGGGCUGGGGUGGAUCUCCACAGAGACUGCAGAAUAGCAAUAAAGCAGGCACCGAUCUUUUCGCGCUCGAUCAGCACGAAAAUGCUCUUGGACUGGAUUUCCAGUUCAAUGAAAUGCAGCCAGCUGGAAUUGCAAACGUGCGCAUUUCACAAGAGGUAUAUCUUUCACUAGACGCUUUUCCGCCGGAAGGCUCGAUCAUUGUGCCAUUGAUACCUUUCAGUCCUGACCGCAACGGAGAUGGCGUCAUCAACGGAGCUCCCAACAAACCCACCCUGAGAAAGGCGAAGCGCGUCAGGCUUCUCCUCGAUGCGAGGACUGAAUUGACCGAUGAGGAGCUGAAGGCUGCAAGAGCGAACUAUAUGGAAGGUCAGGAUCAUAUCCGGCGCGAAAUAAUUCAAAGGAAGCAUGAGAAAGAAAGCGGGAGGCUGAUUGAAGAGAUGAUAUGGGGUGUUCCCAACGGCCUUCGUGCACCUGUACUUGUCGAUUUCUGGCUGGAAAGUUUUAGACUGCAGGUAGAGGCUCGUGCCGGCGUCUUGCACUUGGAGUCUGAAGGGGAGCCACCGAGGAAGCGUAGAAAGAUAGGUGAAGAGACAUUCCAGGACGAGCAAUAUGCGGGCACCGGUGGCCCUGAGGCAAAGAAGUUCGGGGAACAGGGCAUGGACAUAGACAUGGGUUUCAUGUUCGGCGGACACGAUCAUCAAAGCUUCGGGAACAAUUGGGAGCUAGAUUCGAGACACCGUUCUUCUGAAGAGCCUGGUCAAGCGCGUCACGCAUCCAGACCGUUGUCGGGUUUCGGCAGCCAGUUUGACCUACCUGGCGUCGGCCAAGAUCUGUUUUCUGGUUCGCAGCGUAGCGCGCUCUUCCCAUGGGACAAUGCGGGUGCAAGCUCUUCCGUAAACGGCGCGACUCUUGACUUUCGCAGAGAUAGCAGUGCUAAGCGUAGCUUUGGUCGUGCUGACACCAGAUUAAGAGGAAGCUCGCUGAGUAGCAGACACGAGAGCCCUCUGCAUUCCGGUCGAUACUACCCAGAUUCGCCUGCUGAUUUUGGACUCAGAAAUUCGCAAAGCGGAGAAGGUUUCCAAUUUGACGUUCCUGGGGAUCUGUCAGUGUUGAACGAAUCCGAGCUGUCGGACGCCAACCUACCGACUCUUGAGCGCAAUUCUUUCAACUUUCUCGAAUAUGCUAAGAUGCAGCUGAAAACGUUCCCUUCUUCGACUUCGACCCUGACUUUUAAUGACGUGGUGCCAAAGGCGACGAGUACACCGCAUGUUGCUGCUGCCGCCUUUUACCAUUGCUUGGUGCUUGCGACGAAAGAUCUCGUCAAUGUUGCUCAAGACGAACCGUAUGGACAAUUGCACAUCACUGUAAAAUAG